AUGGCGCUCCUUCCCAUGCAUCCACCCACUGACCCCCCGGCCCUUCUCUAUCCCCUCGCAGACCGUGCACUGCUGCAGGGCGCCCCGGACGCGGUGGAACUUCGAGAACUGACGCCCUGGGCCGGGCGGUCCCCUGGUCCGCGCCGUCGGGCGGGGCCCCGGCGGCGACGCGCGCGUGCGCGGUCGGGGACACGGCCGUGCGGGCUGCGCGAGCUCGAGGUCCGCGUGAGCGAGCUGGGCCUGGGCUACGCGUCCGAAGAGACAGUGCUGUUCCGCUACUGCGCAGGCGCGUGCGAGGCGGCCGCGCGCGUCUACGACCUGGGGCUGCGGCGCCUGCGCCAGCGGCGGCGAGUGCGGCGCGAGCGUGUGCGCGCUCAGCCCUGCUGCCGCCCGACGGCCUACGAGGACGAAGUGUCCUUUUUGGACACGCACAGUCGCUACCACACGGUCCACGAGCUGUCGGCGCGCGAGUGCGCCUGCGUGUGACCCUA